AAAAAAUAAAUAAUAAAAUAUACAGAUCAAAUUGAGAGGAUCGUGAUCGGGGUCUCCUCAGGGUAUAAAAACCUGAUCCCAGGCGAAGAACCUCGCCAAAACCGCGUUUCCCCCUCUUCUCGUAUGUCAUGUCUCUUCCACCGGAUCCCGUCAUCUUGAGGAACGCAAUCCUCGCUGGUCCGACAAACACGUUCCAUGUCAAUGGCGAUCUCACUCCUCACUCAAUUUCGAGUCCCGGAAGUGACAUUUCCGUCCAGAAGGUCAAAAACUUACCAGGCUACAAGACUCCCAUUUUCUCUGGAAAGGACGAACAACGCCUCAAAGUACAAGCGAUCGCGGCGUCCAAAGGCUUUAUUCCAACUGAACUGGUACCCACUGAAGUCAAAUGGUUUUAUUCGAACCUCGGCGUUGAUGAUUCCUAUUUCCAAUCCGAGACUGCGGAUGCAAUCGCUGACAACAUUUUGGCUCUCUAUGGCGCGAAGCUUCUGGCUUACGUCAAACAUGAUCCCGAAAAACUCGUCGUUGAUCUAGAGAAGGUUCGCGAUGAUGGGGCCGUAUUUAUCCAUACAUCGCCCCCUGGUGUCACGUCCAAGGAAGGGCCAGGAGCGACUUGUGAACGGCGAAUCGACGGGUGGCUCGAUAAUUCUUCCCCAGAAAAGGCUUUUCGAUUAGAAACUUACCGUUCCGCUGGCUCCAUAAGUGCUACUGCUUCACAACAGUUGCGAUGCUACUUCCUUUCCAAGUGUCAAUGGGUUGUGCCUCCAACGAACUCCACUGGGCAGCCGGAGCAGAAAACCGACAUAAGAACCGUUUCAGAUCGUGUUUUUCUCGAAAGAGCCUCGGAAAAUACACUCGAGAUUUACCAGCGAGUUAUCUGGGAUGUUGAAUCACGCUAUGGCCCUGUUAUUGAGAUUUUUGAAGUGGAGGGGACCCUUGAGCGGCGCCUUGUCAUUGGGUAUAAAAUAGGCGGCACUCGGCAUCUCUUCAGUGCCCUCUCUGAGUUGUACCAUUUUUAUGGUUUAUACUCGUCACGCAAAUAUGUCGAGCACUUUAGCAAUGGAAUAACAAUUAUUUCGUUAUACCUUAAUCCAAUGCCUCAUUCUCAAUCACCGCAUAUCGAUCAUUCGAUUUUACAGAUUAAGAAGGAGGCAAGUCUUUUGUACUGUCUCCCUGAUAAUCCGUUCUUCGGUACAAAGCAAAUUACGGACACGGAUCCCUCGCUGUCUGCGGAAAUUUUGCAAGGUGGAGGACAUGCGGUUCAGGAGGCUACGUAUGCUUAUGCGGGCUGGGUUUUCGCGCAACAUUUCUGCAACAGACUUGGGCCUUCAUAUGUUGCGCUGAAGAACGUCCUGGAUGAAUCUGACCCUGCACAAGCCGAUGUUUUGAACGCCAUUAAGACACGUUUCAGACAAGAAACUUUUACUCGUCAGAGUAUCAUGGAAGUAAUCGUCGCUUACCCUCAGCUGAUUCGAAUGCUUUAUGUUCAUUUUGCUGCGAUACAUUACCCUCCAGUUAAUAAACAAGGGCUUGAACCUACGCUGAGUUAUAUCCGACUCCAAAACGAGACGCCACUUUCGGAUGAAGACCUUUACGACCGAAUUCGCAAGACCGUUAGCAGCAAGCACGAGUUGCAUGUCCUCGAGUCCUUCUUGAUCUUUAACAAGCAUGUUCUCAAAACGAAUUUUUAUACGCCAACAAAGGUCGCCGUUUCUUUCCGUUUAUCACCUGCAUUUUUGCCUGAAUCGGAGUAUCCGAAACGACCCUUCGGCAUGUUCUUUGUGAUUGGUUCAGAGUUCAGAGGUUUCCAUGUCCGCUUCCGCGAUGUGGCUCGGGGUGGUAUCCGACUCGUUCGGUCCCGAGGUCGAGAGAACUACUCGAUUAAUCAGCGUUCCCUUUUUGACGAGAACUAUGCGUUAGCCUCGACACAGGAUCUCAAAAAUAAAGACAUACCAGAGGGGGGCGCCAAGGGCACCAUUCUUCCGAGUCUGGGCGCAAAUCCACGUCUUUGCUUUGAAAAGUAUUGCGACGCAAUGAUGGAUUUAUUGCUGGAAGGGGUGAGCCCUGGAAUCAAGGAGCCCAUCGUUGACUUGUGUGGCAAAUCGGAACUCUUGUUCUUUGGACCUGAUGAGGGGACAGCGGAUCUGAUGGAUUGGGCUGCGCUGCAUGCUCGCUCACGAGGUGCGCCAUGGUGGAAGUCUUUCACAACUGGAAAGAGUGCAUCACUCCUGGGAGGUGUUCCCCAUGACACUUAUGGCAUGACGAGCCUUUCGGUCCGGCAAUACGUCCUUGGUAUUUACAAACACCUCGGAAUUAGGGAAAAGGAUGUUACCAAGGUGCAAACAGGGGGGCCUGACGGCGACCUUGGGUCUAGUGAGUGUGGUCAUUUAUGCGUCCCUCACGGUCGGCUUAAGGCUUCUUCAGACGAGAUUCUUUUGAGUUCCGAUCGAACCAUUACCGUCAUCGAUGGUUCCGGCGUCAUUCAUGACCCAGCAGGUAUCGACCGCAAUGAGUUGGUUCGCCUAGCUAAAGCGCGCAAAAUGAUAUCCCAUUUCAACCGGGCUUGUCUUGGGAAGGGUGGCUACGUCGUCUUGGUGGAGGAUCAAGAUGUCAAACUUCCAUCUGGAGAGAUUGUGGCUGAUGGGACUGAAUUCAGGAAUACUGCUCACUUCAGGUACAAGGCUGACUUAUUUGUACCGUGUGGUGGAAGACCAGAGGCAGUGAACAUAUCCAACGUUUCGCAAAUGCUAGACUCGGAACUCAAGCCCAGAUACAAAUACAUCGUAGAAGGCGCAAAUCUCUUCAUCACACAACAAGCACGCCUAUUCUUGGAGAAGCGGAAAUGCAUCUUGUUCAAAGAUAGCAGUGCAAACAAGGGUGGAGUUUCUUGCUCGUCCCUCGACGUCCUUGCGGGUCUAUCGUUAAAUGAUGACGAACACACCAAUCUUAUGACGUUCCCUAAUCAACCAGUAGCUCCACCAUUUUAUCAGUCUUACGUGAAAGACAUUCAAGACAAGAUAUGCCAGAAUGCCAGUUUGGAAUUUUCGUGUAUAUGGAAAGAGCACGUCAGGCUUGGAGGCACCAAAUCGCGAACCAUCCUAUCUGACGAGUUGAGCACAAAAAUCAACGAACUGCAAACCGAACUCGAAGCUUCAGAUUUGUUCGAUGACAUUGCUACCCGAAAAGCCGUCCUCCAUCAAGCUAUCCCUCAGACGUUGUUGGCAGAGGUCGGUUGGGACACUCUUUUGAAUAGACUGCCGACUGCAUAUCAGAAGGCACUUUUUUCGUCGUGGGCCGCAUCGCAUUUCAUCUACACUUAUGGCAUCAAUGCUAGCGCUGUGAACUUCUUUCAUUUCUGCAGGGGUUUGGCGGCGUAA